AUGACUCCGGAGCACCAAAGGAUCCAAGCCGAGCGGCUAAGCCAAGCUGUCCGUAUACCCACCGAAAGUUUUGACGACAACGGCGAAGUUAACCAGGACCCUCGAUGGAAAACUUUUGAUCAGUUUCAUCAGGUCCUCGAGGGGCUCUUCCCACUUGUCCAUGCACAUUUCGAACGGAAAAAAGUCAACAGCUACGGGCUACUUUUCACGCUCCAUGGUAGCAACCCAUCGCUGAAGCCGGUCUUGUUCACGGCACACCAAGAUGUUGUCCCAGCAGGGCCUCCUACGGAAUGGAAAUAUCCGCCCUUUUCAGGCCACUAUGAUGGGUCCUGGGUCUGGGGUCGAGGUUCUGGCGAUUGCAAGAAUGUUCUCAUCGGGCUGCUCUCAGUUAUGGAAAGCUUGCUUUUGCAGAAGUUUACACCCCGACGCACAAUUGUACUCGCUUUUGGUUUUGACGAAGAGACGGGCGGCCGUCGAGGGGCCAAGCAGCUCAAUGAUGCUCUCCUUGAACAGUGGGGGCAAGAUUCAUUCCUCUUCCUGAUGGAUGAAGGAGGUAUGGGCGUGAAAACACUGGGAGAUGUCAUGUACGCUUAUCCGGGGGUGGGCGAGAAAGGAUACUAUGAUGUUGAGAUCAGCCUUGCCGUGCAGGGCGGCCACAGCUCCCGGCCCCCGCCACAUACUGCCAUCGGCAUACUUUCCCAAGUUGUUGUUGCAUUGGAGGACCAGACAUACUUGCCGUCUUUACCGCAGUGGAGCCCUUUCCGUCGAGCACUCGAGUGCAGUACCAAAUUCUCGCCGGACAGUGUCCCUGCUUGGCUAGGCGAUGCAUUGCUUCACGACAGUGCGGACGGUGUUGCUCGCAGACUUACGGAGGUCUUGAGCGACGACAAGUGGCUCUUGCAGACAAGCCAAGCCGUGGACGUAGUAGCCGGUGGCGUCAAGGUGAAUGCCUUGCCGGAAAGUGCCAGCGCCUUGAUUAAUCAUCGGGUGGCAUUACACCAGUCCGUCGGAUAUGUCAACGACCAUAUCCGAGAUAUCAUCCACCCCAUUGCGAAGAAGCACGACCUUUCAUUAGUCGACGAGCUCAGUGGUAUCAACAUUGACUCUGUUAACACAAAUUUCACGUCGUCUACAGGAGUCCUCCAUCUCAGAUCUUUACAAAACCUUGCUCCAUCACCGCUAUCUCCCACCGACAACAACGUAUGGGCAGCCUUUGGUGGCACGCUGCGCCACGUAUUUGAGAGCACAGUGAGCGGCCAGAACAAGUCUAUCGUACCAGUCGGCAACAUCAUGACUGGGAAUACAGACACUGUUCAUUACUGGAACUUGACGAAAAAUAUAUACCGAUAUACUCCUGCUAGGGACGGUACGAGACUGAAUACGCAUGCCACGGACGAGCGCAUGUUGAUUACAGCUCACCUGGAAGGAAUGAGGGUUUACUACGAUCUCAUCCGGAAUUUUGAUCGUUGGCAAGAUAAGUGA